AUGAAUAUAGAUACAUAUACCAUAAAACAAAGUUUGGGUGAAACUGCUUCACAAACGCCGAUACCUCCUGUCACCAGUACUUCACCCAAAGAAACCGCUGCAAUCACAAAUACUGUUCAUCUGUCUACCACCGCUUCACCAACCACUGCCUCUACAUUGUAUCCUACUACCAGCCAUACUGUAACAGCACCAGGAUCUACAGAAACUGGUUCACAAACACAGAUCCCUCCAGUCGCCAGUACCUCAGCCAUAGAAACCACCAGACUUACAACUACCGCUCCUACGUCCCCCACCACCUCACCAACAACUAAAACUACAGUUAUGUGCCACAAUGGAGGUACCUAUGAUGGAACUAAAUGCAUUUGCCUGGAUCAGUUUUAUGGGCCCUCGUGUGAGAGUGUGGUGGACAACGUUGAGGUUGAAGAUUUGUGUCAGAAUGGAGGUACCUACGAUGGAGUUAAAUGCAUUUGCCUCGAUCAGUUUUAUGGGCCCUCGUGUGAGAGUGUGGUAGACAGAGUUGAGGUUGGUGGUAAUGUUAAUACCACUGUCAUAGUGAACCUGAGAAUCACUAACAUGAAUUAUACACCUGCCUUGAAUCAAACUGACUCACAUGAAUACUAUGAAUUCAUAAAGAACUUUAAAUUAGAGAUGCAAGUAUUCUAUAAAGAUCUACCUGGAUAUAAAGAUGCGAUAGUCAUUAGUUUGAGCAAUGGCUCUGUCUAUGUUAAACACGAGGUGAUUGUUGAGGCUGAAUAUAAUGAAAAUGAGUCUGUGAUUAAACAGUACGAGGAGAUACUUCAGAAAGUCAAUCAGACCUUGGAGAAUUUUAGAAAUAAUAAUUGCACAAGUGAAUCAAACGGAUCAAAACUGUGUAUUGACGUAGACAACAGCAAAUUAACUGCUGUUUUUCCAAAAAGUGAAAAAGAUCGCUGCAAUGAAGUUGUUCAGUCUGGCUUUCAGGAACACUUUCAACCAAUCGUUGUUAAUAAUAGCCUGAUCUGUGUUUCAAGCUGCAGUCCAAAUUCAAAAAGCUAUUUAAAUUGUCAUGAUGGCACCUGCCAAUUACAAAAGGUCACAGGAGCACAUUGCUUUUGUCCAAAAACAGAAACAUACAUAUAUACCUCCCAGGGGUGCCAGGGAAAGAUAUUAAAGGCAGGAUUAUAUGGUGGCAUUGGUGCGGCAAUUGCAGUGCUUGUAAUAUUUAUUUUCACUUUGAGUUUCUUCAUGUUUCGAAAACACCAGAAAAAGCAUACGUUAUUCAAAGAUGAUGAAAAAUCAUGGUAUGAAGACAAUGACGAUGAAUGGAGUGUUGUGCGAGGAAUCACCAACCUAAGUGAAGCAGUAUAUGAAGAUUAUCAGCAAAGUUCUUUAUCUGCCAAAGAGAGAUUCCGACCAGCCCUCGAGAAUGUAGAUACAACCAUCCAGGUUAAAAUACAGAGACCAGAGGUUUUGAAAGACUGA